UACGACUAAAAUCGUAUGCUGAAAAAAUAAACGCACUUAUCGGCAACACUGCUGACCAGCGAAAAUCAUAAACAUAAACAAAAUUAGCUGUGCUGCUCAAACAAAAAAAGCAUCGGAUCAUGCCGCGAGUGUCCAAAAAACGAAGAGCAGCAAUCCUGCGGUGCAGCCAGAGGAAGAAGAGGGCAGCGGACAAUCACCCGGACCAGAUCCGCACGUCUGCGGCACCGGUGGACCCUGAUUUGUUGGCAAUUGAGCAGCCAGACGGAUCAAUUGAAGAUGACUACCUGGAAUAUGAAACGCCGAGCCUCCCUUCGUUCUUGCCAGAUUCUGAUUCAGAACCAAAUAUUCCGCUACCUCCGGAUGACGCAGACGACACACCAUCAAACGAGCGACUGGAUGCCCAUGCAAACAGUAUUGCGAAUUUACCGCCAACGGAUUAUGAUCAGUUGUCGCUGCCAGAACUACCGUCUGUCGAUAUGUUUGAGGUUCUGUGGUCGGAAAACAAUCCAUUGGACUUCCCAGAUGAUCUACCUAUCGAGCCGUCUUCGGUACCGUCAGGCUUCGUAUGUACUGAUACGCCAUAUGAUGACAACUUUAUUGACGACUGGCAUGCCCUUCGGGAUACUCCGCUAUUGCAAAAUGAUGGGGGAGUUGACGGAAAAUCAGCGAGUAGCUUCGAUGCGGAUUUCUCCAGGGAUGUGCGUGUUGAGCCUGUUCUUGCUACUACACUUGACUCCACUUUGUGUGGUUACUAUUUUGUAGUACAAUUUUACAACUAG